AGCGCCUAGAAUACAAUAAUCAUCUCCUUUUUUAAUGUGAAAUUUUUUAUCAUAAUAUUGUCGCUCCCUGUAUAGUAUGGAAAAAUUGCAACGCGCAACUGACAACACUGUAAAAGUUAAAAGUGACAUUUGUUUGAUUUUGUGGUUAAGAUCCAAAAACCGAUUUUUGCGGCCUUCUCUUUUCCCUAAUCGUCCAGUAAUUCCCGUUAAGAAGCCCGAAAUGUCGGUUUACACUCUCCUACUGGACUUUUCGGUCGAUCCGAAAAACGUCAAAAACGAAUCGCACCUCUCGUUGCUAUCCUCGAACAUCGAAAACGUUCUUCGCGACUACAUCGGCAAUCUCAAGUUGAUCACGACACUUUCGAUCGCCGGCGGUUCUUUAAACAUUUACUCCGGCGACAUGGGUAGCGUGAUAAGUUUAAGAAUUUUCGAUAACGGCACGAUAACCGUUAACAUCGAGUAUUUAAAGGGGGACGACAGCGACAUUAACAUACUGACGUUAGAGUGUACAAAACAAAUUGAACAGAAAAUUUAUGUAACAAUAAGCUGCUUUCGGUCUAAACAAUUCCCUCCGAUAAAACGGGGCGGAAGUUUCGAUGUUUAUCUGACUAGCUCAGACGAUCGGCUUUUGGAGUACGACAUCGAUAGUAUACUGUUCGAGGAGCGUUCGCCGUAUCAGAAGGUGCAGGUCGUCCAUUCGAAAAGUCUAGGGAACAUGCUCGUGCUCGACGAUUUACAGAAUAUUUCCGAGGCGGACUUGAUCUAUACUGAAACGCUAAUGCUGCGCGGCAAGGAGGAUUAUAAGGACAAAGAGAUUGUCAUUUUGGGUGGCGGCGACGGGGCCUUGCUGUACGAGUUGCUGAAGGAGCAGCCGAAGCAUGUGACCAUGUUGGAAAUUGACGAAGUUGUGAUGCGGGCGUGCAAACAGCACAUGCGUUCCAUUUGCGGGGACGUUCUUGAUCAAAAGUCAACUUCUAACUAUCAGAUCAUAGUGGGCGAUUGCAUGAAAUCGCUGGACCAAUUCGUGAAGGAGGAUCGCAAAUUCGACUACGUCUUCGGCGACCUGACCGACGUGCCGAUCGCCGAUGAUUCCGAGAGCGAAAUAUGGAACUUCGUCAAGAAAUACCUCAGCCUCUCCUUCAAAAUCCUAAAACCGACGGGCAAAUUCAUGUCGCACGGUAACGGCGCCUGUUGCAGUCUGGCCCUCGAGAAGUACGAAAACUACCUGGCGACCAUCGAUCCGCCUCUGGUCGUCAACAAGUGUCAGGCCUUCAUUCCGUCAUUCAUGGAAUUCUGGGUCUUUUAUCAAAUUCACUUCGCCAACAAGGGAUAACGAUCGCUAAACGUGCUCGUGUAGUCAAUUUGUAAUUUAGGAAGGGUGUACAAAACAAAUGGCGAUGUCACGGCCGCUGCUCGGAAUCGCAACGCACCUGCUAAUUGUUUGCGUUGCCAUUUCGAAAGUACCACACCCGCACCACUUACUCGGUAUUGGGGGAAAGAGGUUGAUUGGUGUAUUCUUAUAAGUAUUAAUUGUUAUUUCUGCACGUUUGGUUCGUUACCGCAAUCCGGCAAAUUAAAAGCUUCUGAAAGCAA